UCAACAUAUAGAAUUUUUCUAUCUCAACGUCAAAGGUCUCAUAGAUCAACUGGUAAAACUCUCGAGAGACCCUCGAUGGGAAAGUGUGAGGUCCCAUGUUCUAUCCACCUCGAAACCAGUUGUGGUGUUCCUAGAGGCAUCAAAAGAGGAUCUUAGUGGAGAGCUCAAAGGGCUCAAGGCCUCAAGCAGGUGAGGUGAACCUCUAGGUUUGAUCUCACUCCGCCACUAUUCAAGUGACACCUAAGUUUGAUAAUUUAAACAAAUUUGGCAGCCCAAAAGGAAUGUCAACUCUCUGAUUUUGUGCUUGCAUGACAUUGCAAUUUCUCGAAUAUAUUUUGAGCAGUACACGUUGUUUGAAGCAGGGCUGCCUAAUCUCCUCUAGUACAGGAUUGUUAGCACUAGCAGCAGUAGCAGUGACCAAAGAUCAAGGGAGCAACAGAGGUUGACUAAAGACCAUAACGUGUAUUUUUCAUGUUUCUCCCCAUGUUGUUGCUGCUUUGUAUUUUGCAGCUCUAAUUAUGAUUAAUUUGAUAUCUCUAGAUUUUGGAGAUUUAAAAUUUUCAAAGUUUAAAACUACAUUACAAAAAGUCUUAAAACUACAUUACAAAAAGCCUUAAAAAUACACGAUCUUAUAAUGAAUCUAUUGUCCAAAUCCUUUUCACCAAACAAACUAAGUCACUUGGAAUAUCGCAACUUCAAAAAAGAAACAGGGGGAAUGGGAGUUAGAGAUAUGCAACAUUGAAGUAUGAUGUGUACGGCCUCGAUAAGGCUUUUUUUUUAAUAAAGGUGAUAUACGUUUUGUUUUUAAUUAGAUGUUAUUCGAAUCUAUGAUUCUCAGGUUCAAUAUCAGUGAUAUUACCACUAGAUAAAGUCCUUUUUGUCGAUAAGGAUACUUUUAUUGUAAGAGCGUCGUCCCAUUGGUCUCGUCAUUUUUAACUAAACUUCUAUCGACUUACGAUCGAAUUCACCUAAUCUAAACAUAGUCAUCACUAUUAUCCCCCCAAACGGAAUGUAUGCCACAUUUUUUUCUUUCCGUCUAUACCUCGAAUGAACGAAAGUCCCAUUGGAUUUUUGUAAAAAUUAACUUAGACGGUAAUUAACUUAAAUUUGAUAUCAUAUUCGAUAUGAAAUUCAUCCCAAUUUUGAGGUGAAGGAUUCAGCAUCUCUAUGGAAUGAAGUUCUCUACAUCAUAACAAGCGAGUUCAUUCAUCACUUACAAUCCCACAAGUCCACAACCUCAAUUAAGAUAAAUCCUAUUAAGCAAAGACUACUAGAAUAAAAUAAAAUAAAAUAAAAUAACAAAUAAUUAGAGGGUAGGAUAUGAGGAUUAAACAAUAACUAAAUCAUAGUUCACAUCAUAUUAUGCUCUCCAUUUAUAAAUAUUCUUUUCAUGAUUGAAGUUUUUAACAUCUCUACGAGAGAAAAAUUGAACCCAAAAUCUUUUUGAUCUUUGAGUCGAUUAUAUGUAUAUUUUUUACUUCCUGAAGCCAAACUGAAGCCCAUGUAAUUGAACGAAAAUUAUUUGGGGGCCCAUGCCGAUUUGUUGGGCCAGGAUAAGCCCAAAGAGGAAUAAAACAGAAACGUCGUCUUUCAGCUCGUGGAGCGUAAAUGGCGCGGCAAACCCAGCUCGUGCUGGGCUAUGAUCUCUAGGGUUUCUUUUGAAAUUUCCCCACCAAAAUUCCAAAACCCUGAUUCCUUCUUCCCCUUAACCAGCUUCCCCCGCCCAGAUUCUGCUUCACCAUCCAUCCAUCCAUGGCUGCCACGCUGAGGAAGAAGAAGCCGAAGAACCAAUCUGCGGAAGCUCAAUUCAACUACAACCUCAACUCCCACUCCAAAUCCAAAGACCUCCGCUCGGCCCUCUCCCUCUACGACUCCUCCACCGGUGGAGAAACCGCCGUCCGUCUCAGCCAGCACCACUUCAAUACUCUGCUCUACCUCUGCUCCAUCUCCCUAGCCGACCCAUCGGCCAAAGACCUUGCCUUGGAGCAUGGGUUCCGCAUAUACGAUCACAUGGUCGCCUCCGGGGUUAAACCCAACGAGGCCUCCAUAACCUCCGUCGCUCGCCUCGCCGCCGCGAAAGGGGACGGUGGCUACGCUUUCGAUUUGGUGAAAAACUUGAUCGCCGAGAAGUCAUUGCCCAGGCUGCGGACUUAUGACCCGGCCUUGUUCUGCUUCUGCGAGAAGUUGGAGGCGGACAGGGCGUUUGAAGUCGAGGAGCACAUGGGAAGCAACGGAGUUGUUCUGGAGGAAGCGGAGCUCGCUGCAUUGCUUAAGGUGAGUUCCGAGACUGGUAAACAACAGAAAGUUUACGAGUAUUUGCAGAAAUUGAGGAAGGCUGUGAGGUGUGUGAGGCAGGAGACUGCUGAUGUGAUUAGGGAUUGGUUCGAUCGGUUUGAUUGCGAUGGGGUGGAAUUAGAUGUGGGUUUGAUUAGAGAUGCCAUUGCUAGGAAUGGUGGGGGAUGGCAUGGCUUGGGAUGGACUGGUGAAGGGAAGUGGGCUGUUGAGAGAGGGAGAGUUGAUGUUGCUGGCAAGUGUUUAUGUUGUGGGGAGCAAUUGGCUUGUGUUGAUAUUGCUGAAGAAGAAACCGAGAUGUUUGCUCGAUCAAUAACAGGUUUGGCUCUGGAUAGGGAGGUCAAGGCCAAUUUCAGUGAGUUUCAGGAUUGGCUGGAGAAGAAUGGCCAUUAUGAAGCUAUAGUAGAUGCAGCAAAUGUGGGCCUCUACCAGCAGAAUUUUUCAGAAGGGGGAUUCAGCAUCUCUCAGCUUGAUGCUGUAGUGAAAGAGCUGUACAAUAGAAAUGGGAAGAAAUGGCCACUGAUAGUCUUGCACAACAAGCGUGUUCGAGCUCUCCUAGAAAAUGCCUCCCACAGAAAGUUCAUUGAAGAGUGGAAGGAGAACGGCGCUCUUUAUACAACACCACACGGUUCUAAUGAUGAUUGGUACUGGCUUUAUGCUGCAGUCAAACUCAGGUGCUUGCUAGUGACUAAUGAUGAAAUGCGAGAUCACAUUUUUGAGCUCCUAGGAAGCAGCUUCUUUAUCAAGUGGAAAGAAAGGCAUCAAGUAAAGUACACUUUUGCGAAGGGUACCUUAAAACUUCAGAUGCCGGCUCCUUUUUCUGUGGUCAUCCAGGAAUCAGAAAAAGGAUCAUGGCAUGUACCUAUAGCAGGCAGUGACACCGAAGAGUCUGCACAAACCUGGCUCUGCAUCACAAGGACAAGUUCUGCAGAUAAAACUCCCAAGGAAUCCAUGACCAUGGAAGCUUCUGAAAACGGCCAUGAGAACUGCUGCAAGAGCCAUCAUGCCUCCGACAUUAGUGACAGUAAAACCACAGCCAUUACAGGGAAAAGGAAGGAGAGGUCUCCAUCUCAUUCUUAGCUGGGAUCAUUGUAAUAAACAAGUUCCACAUGUGGCAAUUUGGAGCUUUUUAAGCUGCUAUUCUCUUGGGUAGCCUAUGUUUUUCUGACUGCCUGCAAUUUGGUGCUUAACCCGUCCGCAGUCUCUUUGUUGUACUAUACAUGAGAGAUCAAAUCAUGCCCUCGUUUCAGGCAGAAUUGGUGUCGAGAUUCAGUUUUUUUUUUUAUUAUCAGUUUUCAUAUUUUAUUCUAGUUCAGCUUUUUUAUUCAGAACUCGUGGGACCUCCUGCCCUUGUACUAUGUCAAUUUUUCGUCCGAAGAUAGCUCGCUUAUUAAGCACGAAAUUGGCACGUUUAAUAGCGAAUUUAGACUAGAAUUCAAAAGAAGUAAAAUAUAAAUAUGACAUUAUCUUCACGAAUACAUUAAAAACAAUAUAAAGAGAAAUCAAAGUGACACCAACACAAUAACGUGAUUAAACUUUUUCUAGUCUUGUCCGAGAAUCAAUCAAAUCCAAACUUCUGCUCCCCUAACAAUAAAUCAUGUAACGUGAACAACAAACAUAUACUAACUCCCUUUUCCUUGUUAAUCCAGAGAUCAGCCACCACCAAUUUGCCGCCAUUAAAAUGGAAAAUGUGAAAAUAUACCAUAUAUUUCAUA